UAUCAUUGGUAUUUGCAUGCAUUGGAAAAGGCCAAACAAGCAAAAAAGAUAAAAAGAAAAUAUUGGAUUGGAUCCUUUACUCUGUAGAAGUGAGUGGACUACCUGCGAGUGUAGAAGGUAGAACAAGAAACAAAAAACAACAAAGAUGCCGAGGAGUAGAUUUGCAGGAUCAUUGAUUUCUCCGAAGGUGGAUGUUGUCAUUGAUAUGGGAAACCCUUUUCUUAAUCAUACUGUUGAUGCUUUCUUGAAGAUCGGCACUGUUGCUGCUACCAAAACUGUUGCUGAAGAAACUUAUGAAAUUGUCAAAAGAGGUAGUGUUUCGAAUCACAACUUUGAGAAAUCGUUGAAGAAAAUGUGUAAAGAAGGUGCUUAUUGGGGGACUGUUGCUGGGGUAUAUGCUGGAAUGGAGUAUGGAGCUGAGAGAAUUCGUGGAACCAGAGAUUGGAAGAAUGCAAUGAUUGGGGGUGCAUUGACAGGAGCUAUCGUAUCUGCUGCAAGUAAUAACAACAGGGACAAGAUUGUUAUGGAUGCCAUUACAGGAGGUGCUGUUGCUACUGCUGCAGAGUUCCUUAAUUAUCUCACAUGAGUUGAGCAAAGAGAAAUAAGAAUUUUUUUACCUGCUAUUGCAACACAAUGCUUAGCAGUUCCGCUGUUUCUCUCUAAUUGUAUCCGUUCAAAAAUACAAGCUUGUGACAGAUGAAUCUUAGACUCUCUGACUACUUGUAAUUCUAUCUACAAUUUAGCCAUCUUUCUCUAUCAUUUGCUUUUGAAAUGGAGUGACAUGAACAAUGAGGAUUCAUUCAUUCA